AUGACAGGUGCGCUUGCUUGGCAGGAUUUCAGAUACGCACAUGAGCAGGUGUGCGUGAGCAUCUCGUCAGAGUCGGUGAACAUGCCAGGGCUUCAACAAUGGAACCGAUCUCAUGGGGGGGAAGGUGGAUCUAGAAAGAAGAUAUCACUCAGCUAUUUCAGAAACCAUAACUCAGUUUUGGUCGCUCUCAGGUUCUCUGUUUCUCAAGCUCUCCCUCCUCCCCGAGAUGCCUCUAAAACGUCGCUCAUGCUAGACACUGUUAUAGAUACCCUAAUACGUUGCCGUUUCAUUUCACAUAUGGAAGGUUUCUAUUUAAACUGUGGAUCAACUUCUCCAACGGAACUCAACGAGAUAAACUACACACCGGACAAAGAAUUCAUCGCCGUAGGCAACACGACAACUAUAAAGCAAAAAGACCUUCUUCCAAUCCUCUCCACGCUGCGUUACUUCCCGGACAAGUCAUCUCGAAAACACUGUUACAACUUCCCCGUCGCACAAAACUCCAAGUACCUAAUCCGAACCACUUACUACUACGGUAAUUUCGACGGCAAGAAAACCCCACCUGUCUUCGACCAGAUCGUCGGAGGCACCAAAUGGAGCGUUGUGAAUACAUCAGAGGAUUACGCCAAGGGCCAGAGCUCUUACUACGAGAUCAUCGUUGGUGUUCCUGGCAAGAGACUAAGUGUUUGCCUUGCCAAGAACGCAAACACCUUAUCAUCGCCUUUCAUAUCUGCUUUAGAUGUCCAAUCUCUUGAAGAUACAAUGUACAAUUCAACAGACCUCGCGUCUUACAAGCUCAGCCUCAUCGCUAGGAACAGCUUUGGAGGAGACGGAGAGAUGAUCAGUUAUCCAGACGACAAGUAUAACCGUCUGUGGCAACCGUUUUCAGACAAGAAGUAUCCGCCGGUGACUUCUCGAAGCAGUGUUAACCCGUCGGACUUCUGGAACAUUCCACCGGCGAAAGCCUUUGUGGAAGGGUUCACGGCGAGUAAAGGGAAGCCUCUACAGCUUCUAUGGCCGCCGUUUCCUCUUCCGGCUACAAAGUACUAUGUAGCUCUGUAUUUUCAGGAUGAUCGGAGUCCAAGCCCUACGAGCUGGAGAGCUUUUGGUGUUACCAUCAAUGGAGUUUCCUUUUCAAGAAACCUCAAUGUGAGUACCAAUGGGGUUAUGGUUUACUCUGGUCAGUGGCCAUUGUCAGGACAGACUCAGAUCACACUGACUCCUGCCAAGGAAUCGCCCAUGGGAGGAGUGAUUAAUGCUGGAGAAGUGUUUCAGGUUAUUCCUCUUGGGGGAAGCACUAAUUUUAGCGAUGUAACUGCAAUGGAAGAUCUGUUAGAGAGCAUCAAGGAGCCUCCGGUGGAUUGGUCCGGCGAUCCAUGCCUUCCUCUUGCUAACUCGUGGACUGGCGUAACUUGCUCCAAAGAAAAAAUCACCAGAGUAAUUUCUCUAAAUCUGACAAAUCGUGGAAUAGCGGGUUCUCUAUCACCAAGCAUAAACAAGAUGACUGCCCUUAAAGAUCUAUGGUUAGCGAAGAACAAGCUCACAGGACCGAUCCCAGAUUUGAGUCCAAUGACGAGAUUAGAAACUCUACAUUUAGAGGACAAUCAGUUCACCGGAGCGAUUCCUGAGUCACUUGCGCAACUUCCUAAUCUCCGCAUACUGUCCAUCAAGAACAACAAGCUUCAAGGCACAAUUCCUACUGCACUACUCCAGAAAAAAGGCUUAACUAUUCAGGCGUCUCCUGAGAACAUGGCAAGCACAAAUAAGACCCCCCAACCCCAAGUUAGAGUUGCUAACAGUUGA